CAACUAAACAUCCCUCCACCACCCCCAACUUCUCUUCAUUAUUUCAUCUUCAAUCAAUCUAUAUAUUUUACAUUAUAUUUUUUGGAUUUUGGAUGUGGGUAAUUUAUAAGCAAUGGCAAUCAUUGCCGCCAUUAUUCUUCCUAUUGGUCUUCUCUUCCUUUUAUCCGGCCUCAUUAUCAACUUUAUUCAGAUGCUUUUACUUUCAGGCACUUCUCUUCAUUCUAGUUAGACCCUUAUCAAAAAUCAUAUACAGAAGGAUAAACAAAGAAGUCACAGAAUUGUUAUGGUUGGAAAUCAUAUGGCUCUUCGACUGGUGGGCAAAUGUUAAGGUUGAGCUAUACACAGAUCAAGAAACGUACAGGUUAAUGGGAAAAGAGCCAGCUCUAGUAAUCUCCAACCAUAGAAGUGACAUUGACUGGCUUGUUGGAUGGGUUCUAGCUCAGCGAGUAGGUUGCCUCGGUAGCCCAGUUGCUUUGGCAAAGAAAUCCCUAUCAUAUCUUCUAGUUUUAGGAUGGUCAAUGUGGUUUGCUGGUUAUAUCAGUCUUGAGAGAAGCUGGGCCAAGGAUGAACACACCUUGAAGUCAGGAUUCCGAGAGCUAAAUGAUUUCCAUCAACCUUUUUGGUUGGCUGUUUUUGUAGAAGGAACUCGUUUUACGCACGCUAAGCUUUUAUUAGCUCAAGAAUAUGCUGUUUCUGCAGGAAUACCUAUCCCAAGGAAUGUUUUGAUUCCUCGAACCAAGGGUUUUGUUGCAUCAUUAAACCAUUUGCGUUCCUUUGUUCCAGCAAUUUAUAAUGUAACAUUUGCAAUUCCUAAAGAUAAGCCUUGACCGACAUUGCUAUGAAUGCUUAGAGGAUGUUCUUCAGUGGUCCAUGUGCGUAUUGAACGCCGUUUGAUGAAGGAAUUACCAGAAGAUGAGAGUGGUAUUGCGCAAUAGUGCAGAGAUGUUUUUGUUGUAAAGGAUGCUUUAUUGGACCGGCAUCUUGCUACGGGUACAUUUGGUGACCAAGAAUGCCAAGAUAUUGGAAGACCAAAAAAAUCCUUAAUGGUUGUUAUCUGUUGGUCAUUUUCCUUCAGUGCUAUAAAAUUUUUCGAGUGUUGUCCAUUCUCUUAGGGAGGAGUUGUAUUUUGUGCAGUUUUCUUGGUUUUGGUCCUAGUGUUGAUGCAGAUUCUCAUUGUCUUCUCCAAGUCAGAAAAACCUUCCACUCAUAUAGUACCUCCUCCAAAUACAUUGGGGGAAAACCUACUUCCUGCAUGAUGAUAUGAUGUAAAUUAAGUUCAACUGGUUUAUAUAUAGGGGUAAUUUGAGUAUCCAAAUUAGAGGAGAAAACUAAGAAGGGCUGGUUUUACAAGAGAUUUUUGAAGAUCAAGAUCCAUUGAUACUUGGGUGGCUCAAACUUUCUCAUUUGUUUUCCUUUUGAUUCGAUUUGUUAUUCAUGGUUUGCCUUUUAUGAAACUAUCAGCAAUAUGUUUAGGUUAAUCUGUAGCAGUUUACAAAUUAUCCAAAUGUAUCUUAAGAGUUUGUUCCAUUGUAUGUGAAAAGUUGCUACAAUUGUUGUAUCAUUUGUUUGACACAAAAAAUAUUAGCUGGAGCGGGAAUACUAUUUUUAAUAUUAUAAAGUUUUACAUAUUUUCGUUAA